GAGAAGUGGACAAGGCCACGCUCGAUCAGCAGCUGACGGGUGACGCUUCCGGGACAAGAACGCAAGUAGCAUGAGAUAAGAGAAUCGCCGUUUCCCCCUUUCAGCCAAGGUUUGGUUGAAGCGCCUUUAAUCAACCGGAAGAAGAAGACGUUCACGCGCCCUCACACGGAACCGAGGACGUCGAGUCACACAGUGCAAGAUGUCGUACUCAUCCCGAAGUUCCUCUCGCACCUCCGACUGUAAGGUCUAUGUGGGUGACCUUGGCAAUGGUGCAGCCAAAGGUGAGCUGGAACGAGCCUUCAGUUACUACGGGCCACUAAGGAGUGUAUGGGUCGCCCGGAACCCUCCAGGUUUCGCCUUCGUAGAGUAUGAGGAUGCCAGAGAUGCAGAGGAUGCCGUAAAGGGGAUGGAUGGAAAGGUGCUUUGUGGAGCCCGUGUCAGAGUUGAGCUGUCUAAUGGUAUGUCCAGAAAGUCCCGUUAUGGCCGUCCCAGCCGCAGGCAAUUUGACCCCAAUGACCGCUGUUACCAGUGUGGGGAAACGGGUCAUUAUGCCUACGACUGCUAUCGUUUCAGCAAAAGGCGAAGCAGACGCAGCAGGUCAGGAUCUCGCUCCCGGUCCAGAUCUCGUGGUCGCCGCUACCGCUCUCGUAGUCGUAGCAAUGAAAGGAGGUACCGUUCACCUUCAUACUCAAAACGCAGAAGCAGGUCAGGAUCCCCAGGCCGCUCCAGAUCCAGAAGCCCUGGUGGCCGGUCACGUUCACCUGUACGCCGGUCAAAGAGCCCUGUCCGAAGGUCCAGAUCCAGGACACCUGUUCAUCGAGACAGUCGUUCUCGUUCACGGUCUGGUUCCAGGCAGAGGGAUCGCAGUGUCUCCAGAUCUCGCUCUCGAUCUCGUUCGAUCAGUCACAAGAAAGACAGUCAUUCCAGGUCUGCCAGCCCAAGGAGAAGUCCAACACCGGAUGCUGACUGAUCUGAAUACUGAUGCUUCACCCCCAUUCCCCACCUUUGCCUCAGGGCUGAAAUGCAUUUUAUCUUCCCCUUGAGUUCAAUACUGGUUCUAUUGUAGCUGCAAAGCUUUUUUUUUUUAUUUUAUUUUUUUUUUUAUUCUUCUCCCUCCCCAGAAUUCAGUGACACCUCCUCCCACCUUGUAAAAUCAUCACUGUCAUCUCAAGCAGCUCAUACAUAUUUUCCCUUUUAUCCCCCCUCUCCUUCCCUUCAAAAUAUUUUUUAAGAGCUGAAUUAUUUUAAUUUUCAGUGUUGAGCCAGUGUCCUGUGGUCAGUGAUUUGUGGGUAAGGUGGUGAAUGAGCUAUGUUGUGAUUUAGUCAGUGUAUUAUAUGAACUGAGUACGCUGUGAUUUGUUUGUUUGUAGAAGGUUUUUUUUUUUGGCAUUGAAAAUGGCAAUGAUCUUUUUAAUAAAGCUUUACAAAUCCAA